AUGCCAACCCCCGCCAUACUCCUGACCAUGCUUAUUGCCUUAAUCCUGAAUGUUUUCGGACACGUUACCAGGCCAUGGUGCAAUGCAGUUCUCGGGCUUUUGAACCUUCUCCUCGAGACCACGCUUGGAAAAACCAAUUACUUGGAUGUUCGCUACUUGCACAAGAUGUUCGUGCACGUAUCCGCCCGUAACCACAAGAAAAAAAUCCCCAUACCCGGAACGCUGCACCUAUACGAAGACGAAGGGCGAAAAUCAUGGGCGCCCGUGCGCCCAUACGUUGUUCAAGAUUUCAAUGCUUUCCUUGCCAGCUUGCUUGGUCGGCCUGGAAUAGAAGAAGCCAUGGACCGUGGAACGAUGAUAAACGAAAAGUAUCACCUGUGGGAUAUCAAGGAUGGCACUGUGAUGCAGGAUAUAUUAGGUCCUGACAGGAAACCAUUCAUGGAUGGGUUGAAGAGAAGGGACCUGAGAUUAGCGUGGAGUCUCUCGACAGAUUGGUUCAACCCUCACAGAAAUAAGACCUCUGGCAAGAAGAAAUCAGUUGGGUUGAUUGCAAUGGGGCUACUGAACCUCCCACCCAGACACUUGAGCAUCCUGAAGAGAGACUUUCAAGGUCCCACUGCGAAUCAGAUGUGUGGACUUUGCUGGCAGAACAAGUCAGACAUUGCGAACUUCAACUAUGACACAUGGGAGCAACGUACGUGCGAGGAACACAGGGCAGCUGCAGAAGAAUGGAAAAAUGCGGAAACAAAGUCAGAACGCAAUAAGGUCUUUGCACGACACGGAGUGAGGUGGUCUGAGCUUCUACGACUGCCUUACUGGGAUCCAGUGCGGUUCAUUGUCAUCGACGGCAUGCACAACCUCUUCCUGGGGGUGGUGCAACACCAUUUCAGAAACUUCAUCGCUAUAGACAAACAGGCGAGCAAGGCAAUUAGAAAGCCAGAAAUCAGAGCUUUCGAUCCAAAGGAUUUAGACAAGGGCAGAGCAGUCUUGGAGUCGAAACCCACCACCUCCGCCAUGACCCGCUUACGGCUGCCUGCCAAACCCACCCACAAUGUCCCAAGGAAUGACAAGGAUCAGAUGGAAGUGGAUACCGAAGCAUUUGUCAUGGAGGAAUUGGUGAAGGAGUAUGCGGCCGAUGUAGAAGAACAAAAUGACCAGAAAGGCGUAUUUACCGAAGCCCUGACAGACGAGGAGAUUAAUACAAUUCAAGCAGAACUAAGCGGCAUCAAGCGACCUUCAUGGCACCGGGGGCCGCCAAAAAACCUUGGAGAUGCAGAGCACGGCAAGCUCAAGGCAGAGCAAUGGCGUUCGGCAAUUGAAUUCGACUUACCAGUGACUCUAGUAAAACUUUGGGGGGCGGAAUAUGGUGGUGGGGAAAUGGAAAGAACUAUGCUAGAGACAUUCUGCAUCGCUGCAAGUGUGAAGGCAAUGCUUCAAGAGCCUGGGGCACCCAAUAUUAUCAACAAAGCAGCUGAUAUUCUGCAGCAAUGCUGCGCUCCUUUCACAGAAGGAAUAUUUUGUACAGACACCGGCAUCCUAUGCACAGCUAUGGAAUCAAUCCCAUAUGUCUCUCACGACGACGCCAAUAUCAUCAAGGCCCCUAUGUCCGAUGUCCUCCGACACACCUGGGACAAGACAGGGAUGACUCACCUCUAUGGGAGCGACCGCAUCACGGAGUAUAAACGGCUGAACAUAGGAGGGUUGCAAUAUUGCAGCUGCAACUAUUCCGCUCUGGAUAGUUGCAUGUUCUUCAAGACAUCGGAAAAAUGGGUCCCUGGUGUCAUUGAACACAUGUUCUUUGUAGGGCAAGAUCAUGAUCGGGUUUACUACAUCACAAUCCGAGGUUACUUACCAGUGCCUGCGGGGUACAAAGACCCCUUUCUAGCCUACAGUGACUUUGGCGCGCAGAUAUGGAGUAGUGCUUAUAAUAGCCAGUUGGAUAUCAUUCCGGUGUGCACAAGGGGAUUUUGUCACGCUGUGUCAAUGCAGUGGGGAACAUCUGAAUUGGUACUUAAACCGAUGAACAGGGACUUUGGCACAUGA